AUGGCGGAUCGAGGAAGGGCCGGGGGCUCCAGCGAAAUCGACGUGACCAAGCCGAUCAAGCACAUGCUCGCCUUCAUCGAGCAGGAGGCCAACGAGAAGAUAGUGGAAGAGAUCGACGCCAAGGCCGAGGAAGAGUUCAACACGGAAAAGGGCCGCCUGGUCCAGGAGCAGCGCAUCCACAUCAUGGACUUCUACGCCAAGAAAGAGAAGCAGGUGGAGCGCAUGCGUAAGAUCCAGAGCUCACACGUGAAGAACGCCGCCAGGCUGCGCCUCCUGAACGCCAUGAACGAGCACGUGGGCCGUGUCCUUGCCGAGGCCAAGGCAAACCUGGGCGUCAUCACGGGACAGGAGAAGCGGUACAGACCGUUUCUCGAGAGACUCGUCCUCCAGGGUUUAUAUCAGCUCCUGGAUCACGACGUGACCGUAGUUUGCCGCCGCAAGGACGCCAAACUGGUGCAGGCGGCUGUGGAGGUGGCCUCGAAGGUCUUCAAGAAGAAGACGGGCAUUCAGGCCAACGUGACGCUCGUCAAGGACAACUUCUUGCCGGAGGCGUCUACGGGAGGCGUGGAGAUGUCCUCCAUGAAGGGCAAGGUCAGGAUCGUCAACACGCUGGAGAGCAGGCUUGAGCUCAUCUCGCAGAAGAUCCUGCCACGGAUUCGCGUGGAGCUCUUUGGCAAGAAUCCGGACAGAAAGCACACCGACUGAGCGUUUGUAGACUCCGUGUUGACGGGUAGGGUUGAAGGUUCAUGAGGCGCCCUUGAUG